AUGGGAUCAGCACCGCCGCUACCCACGCGGUUUCCGUGCUGGUGUAGAGCCGUAUAUUCUUGGGGAGGAGAAUCGCAACACGACUUAGGAUUUAUUGAGGGAGACUUAAUAGAAUGUCUAAAUGCGGGGGAUGGAUCAUGGUGGACUGGCAGAUUGCGGCGCAACAAGACUGUUGGCGUCUUCCCGUCUAACUUCGUCGAGGUAUUACCUCAAGAUUUCCGACCUAUUACCAGGUCGGUAAGUCCAUUGACAACAAGUAACACGCCGAGCCCUACGAAUGCGCCGCAGAAAUCUAAGUCGCGAGUCUUUCGAAAGCCUUUUGAGGCCUACGCGAAAGCACCUCACUACACAACCGCGAAACAGCCCGAGAUAAUAAAGCAGCCCGAUGUAAUAAGGAAGCUUUCUAACACACCGCCUCGAAAGAAUUCGGCCAGUUCAUUUAGGAAUAGUACGCGCCAGGCUAUUCGAAAUAUCGACCGCGAUCCGUCACCAGCUGAGCUUCGGCGGCACGAAUCGAGAGCCCCAUCGCCUGCGCCUCCCCCUCCUCAGGCUAGUUCAUAUAUGCCCAGAGCCGCAUCUCCUGCCCCCCCUAUACAUUCAUACGGCUCCAGGGGUCCAUCCCCAGUUCCGCCGCAGUCAUACAACUAUCAACGAGAACCCUCCCCUAUCCCCCCCUCGCCGGUGCAACACUAUGGAUCGAGAGGACCAUCGCCGGCGCCGUCAUUUAGUUUUAAGCCGUACCGGCCUGGAGCAGAGCGCGACUCACCUCCGCCCCCUGCUCCACCUCCCCAUCGUCACGUUAUCGCCAGGGGAAAUUCGACCGCGUCAAAUGCGUCUUAUGAUAAUCGACAUCUCCAUGAAGGAUAUCAUACACCGCGGGUCCCUUCCCCGAGUCCUCACUCCCCUGCCGUAGACGGGUUUACCCCUUCGCCAUUACGCGAAGCUAUGGACGGCGUAAUUGAGCAACUAGACGCGUUAGGAAUGUCACGCGAGGCGGAGUCACCUGAGCCGCCGUUAGACCCAUGGUCUCCCGAGUCCUUCGACUUGGUCCAUCAUCGAACAAAGAAGAAAGGGCAGCCGAGACCGCUAACAUCUAUUGGUCUGCCGUUUCAAGAUUCGGGGUACGGAUCGUUUGACGGUGGUUCGCCUCAAGAUAGUACACAUCACAGCAGCAGUUUUCCAGAGCAACCACUUCCGCAGAUAAGCAAUUAUGUUGAAAGAAUGGAGACACGUCUUCGCAAGAUGCAUCAUAAAAGCUCGAGCGCAGGAGUCCUUGAUCAUCGCGAUCAUGAAGAGGAUACAGGUCCCCCACCCCCGCCGCCGCCUAAGAACCCCCUAUAUAGCAGACCUAAGUCUUCGAUAGGUGAUCACUUCUUUGGAGAUCGUAAAUCCAUCCGCAAACAGAAGUCGUUCUAUGACAUCGGACAGCAGUUGGAUAGAACAGGGACGACGAAGACUACUUCGACAGACGCCUCUUCCGGUAAUCGAAGUAUAGUAACAAAUAGCACGAACCGAAGUCUGAUGAGUGGCGUAUCCGCGGGCGGAAUUAGCGCUACGAGUGCUGGUAGUCUGGCUAGGAAGCAAAAGCGAGCACGGAGUGCACUGGGAUUCCGAGACGGCGACGAGGAAGAUUGGGAUUCGAAUCGCCCAACAACACCGUUCACCGGGGUGUCGUAUCACCCAAGUCACUCUACAUCAGCUUUGCGUCCCCAGUCACAAAUUGCCUUCAACGAAGAUGGAAUUGCGCCUAUUGGGGGUCUCGUGCAGCCUGGAAGCGCUAAACCUAAGAAGCAAAAUUUCAUUAAGAGGAUUCUAGAGGCAACAAAAACCGGUGUUGCUAGUGGUCGUAGUAGUAUUGCGAUGAGCCCGGGGUCUGGACAAGUUUCGCCGUCUAAGCGCUCCAUGGGUCUCGGGAUAUCAGCCAUUACAGGAGCUAGUAGCACAAACCUAUUGCGGGACCCAGCUACAGAUAUGGGGCUCAGGAAUGACGGGGACUGGGUCCAAGUACGGAGAGAUGUUAACCGAUCGAAUACGUUGAGUAAGAACGAGCGCAAUGAGCGAAAAGAUCGUUGCUUAAUGUUAGAUUACCCGGCGAUAGAUCCCGUCGAUGAGCUGUAUGAGAGCGUCGAAGGAGAUGAAGGAGCCGAUGGAAUGCCGGUUCACUCACCCAUCAACUAUCAGGCCAUAAAUCUGAGCCAAGUCGAUAAGAACUCUCGCUUCAUCAGUAGUCUACCGACGAUGACGACAGCCAUAUCCCUCGCCACGACUUACGUAUGCAGACCAUACAAAAGUGACGUCCAACGUCUCCGGGCAAUUUUCACUUGGGUUGCGGAGAAUGUGAAUUGGGAGGAAGAUUUUGAAGGAGAUGUAGAUACGCGGCGAGUGAUCCAGACAAGGCGAGCAUGUCCCCAAGAAUAUGCUGUUCUCGUCCACGAGAUGUGUACCGCGAUUGGUAUACACUCUGAAGUCAUCCGUGGCUACCUCAAGACUCCCGGCGAGAUCCCCGAAACGACUAUAAUGCCUCGAUCAAACCAUUGGUGGAAUGCGGUUAUUAUUGAUAACGAAUGGCGCAUGAUGGAUUGUUGUCUUGCAAGUCCUACUAAUUCCCGUCGGGGCUUAUACUCAAGCGCUGGUAAUUCGACUGCCGAUUUUUGGUGGUUCCUCGCCCGUCCUGUCGAGCUUUGUUGGACUCAUAUUCCCGAGCGCCAUAGUCAACAACAUAUUUGCCCACCUGUAGCUCAUGAAACAUUACUCAACCUACCCGGCGUCUGUCCUCCGUUCUUCAAACAGAUGAUCUCUAUGGUGGAUUACAAUACGUCGUUAACUCGUAUCGAAGAUCUCGAGAUGGUACACAUCAAGUUCAACGUGCCCCCUGAUAUCGAAGUGGCAGCCGAAGUCGAAACUAAAGGGUUCACACGAGACGCAGACGGCGACUUCUUCGAAAGCGGCGAAACAGUAAAGAAACGCGCACUUGCGCAAGCCGACUGGUACGGCGGCAUAAAACGGUACACAGUAAAGGCGCUCCUACCAGGUGACGAGGGCAGCGGCAUCUUGAAGGUGUAUGCUGGCAAGCGCGGACUUAUGCAUAGUAUUAAAGACAUCCCGCACCCUCUCGCUUUCGCCUUGCCGAUUAUUCACACAGGCGAUAAUCCGCCUUACGAGUUUGUUACUCGCCACCCGACGCCGCACGCGCAGCGUCACGAUAUCUACGUGGCUCAGCCACAAUGUCAACGGUUGGCACUUAACAAUACCUUCGUCUUCGCUAUCCGACAACACCCAUCCAGUCCGGCAGGCGGACCGGGCAGCAACCCAGGAGGUACGAGCCCGGUGCCCUUCGCGCGGCCGGCCAGCGCCAUGAGCAUGACUAGCAGUAGUGCGGCGGGGUCAAAUCCGAGCUCAGCUACGGGCAGCAUCGCAGGCAAGAAGCCGGCAAAGCUGGCAAUCCAAACACCUGGCGGCAAGAUCCUGCGGCUCAUGCGGAAAGAGGAGCGCGUCGGCAGGUCCGGGAUCGGCGUGGGAGGCCGCAGCGCCGACGAGGAGGCCAGCGACGGCGGCACGUGGGAAACCAUCAUUAAGUGCUCCGAGCGCGGCGUCUGGCGCGGCCUGGUGCUCGCGGACCGGACAGCACGAUGGUGCGUGUUUGCAGAGUGGGUUUGCGUCUGA